UGUAGUCAAUUAUCGUAGUUCAUUCAUUUGUGUAAAAUAAAAAUCAAACUUAGUUGAUUCGAACAUCUGGGAUAGUCGUACAUCAUCUGUCAUAGGACUUUUUAAGUGGCAUUCUUUUUACGCGGGACUCUUCUGUAGCUUCUACAGUGAUAGACUAACCUCUAAUGUGUAAUAUUUUCAUAAAACGAAUUUAUAAGUAAAUUACACAGUUUUGUUAUUCUUUUGUGAGAACAUGGAAAUACUUCAGGAUCCAGAAUUUAAAACAAAAUAUCAAAAAUAUAAAAAUCGUGUUAAAUUGUGGGAAAGCCGUUUCACAGAAACACACGGACGUAAACCAAACAAAAAUGACAUUAAGGAAGCUGAUAUGAAGAUUAAAGAAUCCUACAAAAUGUACUGGAAAUUGAAAACACGUGCCUUAGAAGAAACGCUUAUAGAUAUUACGCUUUCUGACGAAGUAGUAGAUAAUGAUUCUAAUAAAACCUUAACGCAAACAUCGAUUGAAGAUGUUAAAGAAGACAGUAGACCUUUGACAGAGGAUAAUAAACGAAAUACAGAAAAUGUACCUGAAAAAGUUUUUGAGAAGACAGAUAUAAAAGAUGCAGAAAGCACAGAUAAAAAAGAUACUGAAAAUAUAGAUCCACAUUGCCAGACUCAGACUGCUAGUAAUAAUUCACUGUUAAACAAGAAUGAAUCUACAAAUAUAAAAGGUGUAUGGGGUGAUCAUUUAAGUAAAAGUAAUGAACAAGUGUCUAAGAAAAAGCAAACCAUACUUGUAGGUAGAUCAACUUCUUUUCAAUUAUCACAAAAUAAAUUUACAAGUUCAAUGUUUACAAAAAGAAACCCAAGGAAAUCUUUAUCCAUGUCAAAAAUAAAAAAUAAAACUGAAAAAGAUACUAAUACUAGUGCAAAUGUAUCUGAACAGUCUACAAACAUAGAAACCAGUAACGAAGGUGAUGUUGAUGUUAAUAAAAAGCCAACAUCUGUAUUUAAUAAUCCAGUAAAAGUUACUAGUACAGAGGCUAAAGCUAGUUCUCAGUCAAUUAAUGCAGUACAACAAUUAAUUGCGGGCUACACUGUAAAUAGAAACUUAAAUCCAGCUUGGCUAGACAGAUGUUCCAAGCAAAGUAACUUGGAAUACCCAGCAUUUGAUUCACAGAGGCUUUCUGGUACAAGCGAUUCUGGACUUGAAUCAAUGGAAUCCAGUAUUUAUUCACCUAAGGAAUGUAAGUUGAUACCACAGCCAUCUCAAUGUAUCCAAUUAUCAGAUGAGGAAGAUUAUGUUUGCAAUAGUGAUUCAGAAGAGGAAUGGAAAAAUAAACGCAUUAGAAAUUUUAAGAAAAACCUUAACGAUCUAGAGAAUCAUCCCCCUAAAAGAUUAUGUAUUGAUAAUAGUAUAAAUGUUCCCAUUACACAACAAGUACCAAGUAAAAUAGAUGUACAAGCUGUGCAUCCUAUUACAACACCCAAUGAACAAACGAAUUAUAAUGAUUGUAGCACAACUAAUGUAAUUGCAAAUGAGGAUAAUAAUAUAAAUGACAAUGCAAAUGUGGCAACGAAUGUAAAAAAUAAUGACAAUAAACGCAUCGACAAUGACGAAGACGUAAAGAAUACAAACACGAAAGAUCGUCGCAAGGUUCGUAGAAGAACUAAACGUAUUUCUUCAAAUGAUAGUGAUCCAGACUUUAAUGAAAACGAUGAAAUAGAAGAGAAAGAGAAAAAGAAAAGCCCAAAAACAAAACGAAGAAGUUCAACAAGAAGUAAAACUUCAAAAGGCCGAACUACGAAACAAGAAAAAGAUAGUACAGUUAAAACCAGAAGAACCACUAGAAAGAAAAAGACCGUUCAAAGCGAUGACGAUUUUGUAGAAAACGAAACCACAGACGUACAAACAACUAGCAAAGAACCUGGCAUAUACGGAAUAGAAACUUUAAAAGCCGUUCCACGAUUUGCAAUAAAUGCAUCCAGUGAAGGAGAUCUCAUUGAACAAUGUUCUAAAUCGGUUGGUUUGACAGUCAGUAAUUCAACUACGUCUAGUGAACUUAAAAAACCAAAAUCGCAAUUAACAGAUAAAGAAAAAUUGGAGAAGAAGCUAGCAGAUGGAAAAAUAAAUGAAAACUUUGUUAGAAUUAAUUUGAAAAGGAAAGUAUUUGUACGGGGUAAGAAAAAUUUCAACUUUUCGAAAUAUAAGAAAAAUCAGUGGAAGCAAAGAAAGAAAGAUCUUGCAUCUAGUGAAAACAGCUUAGAAGUGGCUGACUAUCUUGAAAAGAAGGGUACUACCUCUUGCUUUAAAUGUGGGGAAGCUGGUCAUUUUUCCAGAAAUUGUCCAAACAGUAAAAGCGACGAUUUAAUACCAUUAGAUGAGGUAGACGAAAGUUCUGCAUUUCCAACUUUAGAAGAAGCACAGAAGAUGGCAAGUCAAAACGCGGUUGUAGCACAUGCUAAUAGAAUUGACCGUUUACCGGAGAAACCAUCUUAUUCUUCUGCAGAAGUAGCUGAACAAAUAGAAAAGGAACUAGAGGAAACAGACAAUAAUGAUGAUUUAUGGGAGCCCAUUGAUGACGAAGAACUUCUAUGUGGACAUAAAAUACCAGAAGAAUUAGUAUCAAAACUAUUGCCUCCAGUAAUUGGCACUAUACAACCACUGUAUCAAGUUAAAGAAGAUCAAUCUUGUAUAGAAACUCCAUCAGAAGUUUUUGAAACCCUUAAAAUGUUCGGUCACACCAGUUUUAGACCUGGACAAGAAAAAGCAAUAAUGAGAAUACUUUCUGGUCAGUCGACCUUAGUGACUUUAUCUACUGGCUCUGGAAAAUCUUUAUGUUAUCAGUUGCCUGCGUAUCUUUAUUCGCAACAUUUUACUUGCAUUACUUUAGUUAUAUCGCCAUUGGUAUCAUUGAUGGAUGAUCAAGUAACGGGCGUACCGUUGUUUUUAUCCGCAGCAUGUUUGCAUACUAAUCAGACGGAAAAAGUAAGAAACAACGUAAUGCAAAUGGUAAAAAAAGGAAAAGUGAAUAUUUUAUUAAUUUCUCCAGAAGCCGUAGUUGCUGGAGAAAAAUCAACGGGCUUUGGUGCUCUGUUAAGGCAACUUCCACCGAUUGCUUUCGCGUGUAUAGACGAAGCUCAUUGUAUUUCACAAUGGUCUCAUAAUUUCCGUCCGUCUUACUUAAUGGUUUGCAGAGUUCUUAAAGAAAAGUUAGGUGUCAAAACAGUAUUAGCUCUUACAGCAACCGCAACAAAGACUACUAUGGAAAGCAUAGUAAGCCAUCUAGGCUUACAUGAUGGAAUGGAAGGUGUUAUCUCUGAUAUUCCAAUGCCAAGGAAUCUAGUGUUAACCGUUUCCAAAGACGAUCACAGAGAUCAUGCCUUAAUUGACUUAUUAAAAAGUGAAAGGUUUAAAGUAUGCGAUUCAAUUAUCGUUUACUGUACUCGACGUGAGGAAUGUGUAAGAAUUGCUGGGAUUUUAAGAGUUUCUUUACAGGAUCCCAAUAAUUUCUCUAAAUACAACGCCAAGUUAUCUCCUAUCGCUGAAGCCUACCAUGCUGGCUUAUCGGCUUACCGUAGAAAAACGGUACAGAAAGCUUUUAUGAAUGGACAAAUUAGAAUCGUUGUUGCUACUGUAGCUUUUGGUAUGGGUCUUAACAAACCAGAUAUUCGUGCUGUUAUUCACUAUAACAUGCCUGGAACCUUCGAAAACUAUGUUCAAGAAGUCGGAAGAGCUGGUCGAGAUGGAGAGAUAGCACACUGUCACAUGUUUUUAAAUUCAACGGAAGAUAGCGAUAAAUGGGAAUUACGUCGGCAUAUUUAUGCAAAUGGAGUAGAUAGGCAUUCAAUUAGACGCUUACUUCAAAAAGUUUUCGUUCCGUGUUCUUGUUCAAAAAUUCGAAUAAAAGAUGCAAAUUAUAGAUGCCCAGGUCACGAAGUUGCUAUACCCAUCGAUGAAACGGUUAUAGCUUUAGAUAUUUCGGCGGAAACGAUUUCAACGUUACUAUGUUAUCUCGAGUUGCAUCCAAAACGAUAUAUUACUGUUCUCUCGUCUGUGUACGUCAGAGCCAGGGUAUCAAGUUACGGUGGUCCUCAAGCAUUAAAACAAGCUGCACAAUCUUCACCGCCGCUAGCAAUGGCAAUAGCACUGGACUUGCAAAACGGUAUUUCUCAUGACAAUGAUAGCGUCAUUGAAUUUCCUGUCGUGGAUGUAGCUUCUGCUAUUGGAUGGGAUAGCGGAGUAGUAAAAAGUCAUCUUAAAAAUUUGGAAUGGAAAACAGUUAAUGGAACUUCAAAGCGAUCUUCUAUAUCAGUACGAUACGAUACACUUGGCUUAAGAGUAAAAGCUCCGGGAGAUCUAACAGACGAAGAGCUAGAUGAAGCACUCGAGGCACUAGUUGAUCGUGCUCGUUCCCAAGAAACUGCAGCUUUAAGGCAGCUAGAAACAAUUAGUGUGACGCUACAUAAAUUUAGUAUGCCAUCGAUUGCAAAAUGUUUAGAACUGAAUGAUGAAGUAACCAAUAAAUCAGAUGAGUUAAAAGCUAUUAUUCGGGAUUAUUUUGAAGGAAAGGUCCUAGUGGAUAUUGAUGCCAUUCAACAGGUUAAAGUAGAAAACGAAGCACAAAUAGCAUGUGACGUACGAAACUUGAUUGUAAGUUACCGAGACAAUAACUUUACUGGACGUGCAGUAGCUCGUAUUUUUCACGGUAUACAGAGUCCAAAUUACCCUGCCUAUGCUUGGAACAAGUGCCGGUUCUGGAGAGCUCACCUUUCGUGCAAUUUCAGUACUUUGUGUCAAAUUGCAACAAAAGAAAUUUUAGCUUUGCGUUAAACAAGAAAUUUGCGACGUUUUUAAAAGAAAGUUUUAACAAAUUUGUAAACCGUAAUAAUAGCAUAUUUUAAAUGUGAAACAUCACAAAUAUGCGAGCUCUAUGUGAUGGGUUUUGUUACGUAAUUAUUAUGGGUGACAUUUAAAAGACAAACGUAUUAUAUAAUUGUACUUUAAUUAAAAUGUAAUUUAGGGUUCUAAUAAUACUGCAAAAAUAUUUACUGAAUAAUUUUAUUUUAAAAAGCAUAAAAAAUUUAAAAUCGUGCAACACUUAAUUACUUUAACAAGUGCCACAGUUCACAUAACUUAUGAUAUGCAAAACAUUUAACCGCGUGUAUCAAAAUAAAGUAACUUAUUUUUGUUAUGUUUAUAGAAUAAAUUUUAAUACAAAUACUUCAAUAAAGAAUUUCCUUUCGUCGUUAUUGUAAGUUUUAUGCGUAACAACUAUAAAAUUUAUAUUGUUACAU